CCUGCAGGUCGGCCUCUGUGAGUUUGUGGGUCUUGCGCAAGUGAGAGGUGACCACAUUGCGGUAGGUGUUCUGUUUGCCGCAGAUGCCGCCCCCAGCACACGGCACCAGACACGUGGCGGACAGCUUGUCGCUCUUGCCCUUCUUGACCGGCACUUAAGGCACUACUUCCGCCAGCUGUCCUCCCCAGUACACACGCGCACAGCACUGGGCGUUGUAGUCAGUUGCCUGCUCGUGCGGGUCCAUUCCUGGCUUGCGGAAAACCUGCAGACGGAAGAGGUGGCGGAAGGGUCGCUGGCAAGCGUCUUGGUCGAUGGCCGCCGGCAGGAGAGCUAUGGCCCAGCCCGGCGCACCCAUGAUGCGCUCGGUGCUGGCAGCGUUGAGCCACACGUGGCGGUGCUCUGCCGGGGCGGCCAUGUCUAUCGGGUCCACAGCCGACUGGGAGUGACUGCGGUCGAGGUCGAUGGCAUCCCAGUUGUCGUAAAGGGCACACAGAAGUGACUCAUGCGGCACACUCUGAGCAGCUGCACCACACGAGCAGCAUACACACGCUUGCAGAGAAACCCAUGCAUUUGGACCUGUGUGACUUACCAUUCAUCGUGAAGCGCAGAUAAAGGUCGGACAUCAGACAAAGGGGUGAAAUGACCAGGAAUACCGCAGAUAGGAAGGCCUACUUCUCGUAUGUGAACCACUUCUCGUAUGUAUACCACAACACCAUCAGCCCCAAAAGGCCUCAGAAAGGGCUUCCUUCGUCACCUGUGAUGGCGGCAUCGACUGUUCUUCGCGGCAGAGCCAUAUCCACCGAGAUCUUGCCUUGUGGUGGAGAUGAAGGAAAAGAUCUGCAGCAACAUAACAACCACAGCAACAGAGCAAGUACAAACGAGCUGUACGGCACCGUGUUC